GCAGCGACUCAAUUGUGUGACGAAUUGACUUCCGGAACUAAUUAUAACUGAAAAAAAAAACCAAUGUAUCUAUUUUCAAACAUGAUGCGCCGCAAAUAAGACUCAAAGAUGCAGCAAGUAUUCGCCCGACGAUAUCAAGGUGCCUGAAACCACCAUCCAAACAGCUACCAUCUACAUCGCCAACAGACCAGACGGUAUCAGUCACCAACAUGACGACUUGUUUCUGGGACCCUGUGACAAUGUUUUCAAUGAUCUGAAUGGCCACCGUCCGCCGGAAGAGCAUGAGCACAUAUCACAUUGCCUUAUAUCUAAGAUAACGCUCUUCGGGUUGAGGUCUGUCCGGGAUCAAUGCCGAUCAAGUUGUUUUAGAUCAGCGGUCAUGCAGGGAAGCAUCUGGACCAAACUGGCAGCUCUGACUCCCGUUGGACCCCCUCUGUCUACCCCAGACAUCCCAUGAACAAUGCAAAAACAUAAGUGUUAGCGGGUGAACUGGAUGUGCUUUAGAAAUCUCGUACAUUGGGAUAUCGACCCCGGCGCCGCCGCGAUGGGCGCAUGAUUGCAGCCGCGCCACGCCAUCCUCGUCGUGGCCGGCGGUCGCCCGCCGCUCGUCGUCCUCGGCCAUGACCCGGCUGAUGUUGGGUCGGACUCUGGAGCGCAUCUGCAAGGGCGUCCUGUUGCUCUGCCUGCUCCACUUCCUCAUCAUGAUGAUCCUCUACUUCGACGUCUACUCGCAGCGCUUCGACAUCUUCAGCCGCUUACACGGCGGACGCAACGGCUCCCGGAACAACGCCAGUGGACAUCAUUUUUACUUCUACAACAUAUCCCGGGCCAACGCCACCGUGGCCGGUUACCUUGCCGCGGGUGAGCAGGCGGCCCCCACCGCGCAGCCUCGUGCUAAUCGGACGCCAUCGCCCAAGCCCCUGCCGCCCUGUCCUGAGAACCCCCCAGGCCUAGUGGGCCGCCUGUUGAUCGAGUUCAGCUCCCAGAUGACGAUGGAGCGCGUGCAGCGAGAGAACCCCAACGUGACGGAGGGAGGCCGCUACACGCCUCCCGACUGUCGGCCUCGAUGGAAGGUGGCCAUCAUCAUCCCGUUCCGCCACCGGGAAAACCAUCUCAAGUACUGGCUUCACUACCUCCACCCCAUCCUGAGACGGCAGAGGAUCGACUACGGCAUCUACAUUAUCAAUCAGUUGGGCGAGGACACUUUCAACCGAGCCAAACUGCUGAACGUUGGCUACGCGGAGGCGCUGAAGGACGGCGACUACAACUGCUUCAUCUUCAGCGACGUGGACCUGAUCCCCAUGGACGACCGCAACCUUUACCACUGUUACGAGCAGCCCCGGCACUUUGCCAUCGCCAUGGACAAAUUUGGCUUCAGGCUACCGUAUGCGGGCUACUUCGGGGGCGUGUCAGGCCUCAGUAAAAAACAGUUCUUGAAGAUCAAUGGGUUCCCCAACGAGUACUGGGGCUGGGGAGGAGAGGACGACGACAUCUACAACAGGAUCACUCUGAACGGGAUGAAGGUGUCCAGGCCGGACGUGCGCAUCGGCCGCUACAGAAUGAUCAAACACGAGAGAGACAAACACAACGAGCCCAACCCUCAAAGGUUCAAUAAAAUCCAGAACACCAAGAACACCAUGAAGAAGGACGGUAUCAGUUCGCUGACCUACAGACUGGUGCAGAUCAAAAGGUACCCGCUGUACACCAACAUCUCGGUAGAGAUCGGCAAACCGCCUCCCCGGCCUUUCAAGGGAUAGACAGAAGGUAGGUCUGGGGGGGGGGGGGGUGCAAUUGUGAUGGCGCCCCGAAAGGAGUGUGACAAGCACAUCUUGAGGAAUUUUUUUUUUUUUUUUUUACAAUACUUUGACUUGCUUGGAUAAACCUCUUGGACAACUUUGGAUUUGGUCUUUGGAGGAGGGGGCAAAGUUUGAAGAAGAGUUUGUAAGCGGGGAAUUUGGAGUGAAACGGCGGAUAACCGCUGGAACACAAGCGAGAAGUGGCGGAAAUGUCCUAAAAUGGCAAAAAGCAUCAGAGGGAAUAAUUGGGGGGGGGCACAAUAUGCAGUUCUGAGACCUGCAUGGAUUCACGGGGGACACCUCCAGGGUGGGGAGUGACUCGUCAAGAACACGACGGACGCCGUUUCCCGCUAGCGUACUCUUGACUCCGACUCGACUCGACGCCUUUGGCGUUAACGAAUGAAUGUAUUGUGCCUGCAUCUCCCACACGGGGGCGACGCUGGGACAUUUUACUGUAUUUUAAUUUUUUUUUUGUAAGUUUUGUGAAGACUGAACAUAUCGGAGCAACAUGAAUAUAAACAUGUUAAUUCUGUGGGGGGGGGGGUGUUGGAACUCAUCAUCACAAAAGCUUAACCCUCUUGCUUUGAUAUCAUUAAUAAUAGAUAAAGCAUACGCGCUUGUAUUGUAUGAUUCCGUUUUGAUUGGACGCGACGCGAGGCACGACAGGCUCAUAAUCGUUUCUCGCGUUCCUCCAAAAUUGGAUUUUAACUCCCGCGGUUGCGCAGCGCAACAGAAUCGUGACGUUUAAUUGAAUUUUCAUUUGAUUCUGCCAUCUUCUCACCGAUUUAUUGGCUUCGUGCAUUCGAUGAGAUUUGAUUUGAUUUGAUCACUGUCUGCGUGACCUGUUGAAUUCAUGCAUUUAAUUCCAUUUUUAUUUUUUUUUAAUGACUCAUUAACCUUUACUUCUCUUUAUCUCCUCCUCUUUCCGCUGACUUGCUGGCUUUUUUCAAAAUUUCAUUUUCGAGAACAGAGCUGGCAGAAAGGGUCGAUUUUAAGUUUGCAAUGACUAGUAACAGUAAGAUGUUAUCAUAUAGAGAUCCGCUAUGAAUAUUCAUCAUAUCUUGUGAUAUCAGAAAUCUUGAGCCAAAUCUUUUUUUUUUUUUUAAGAAUGUCAGAAAUGGCACUGGCAUCGUCAUUUACCACAUUAAGCAUCAUGGAAUUUUUUUUUUUUUUUUUUUUUUGCUAUUUGACACUGCCAUACUGUUGUCGCCUACAUCCAUACAUGCAUAAAUCCAUACAUCCAUAAAUACACCGAGCGGAUGCCUUCUAUAAUCAUUUUCUAUUGUUUAAAUGAUGUGUUUUGAAUGAUGAACUGUAAACCAAAACAUUUUCUUUCUCAUUUGUUACUUCCACACUGGUGAGCCUUGGAGAGGGACGCAAAAAAAAAAAAAAAACAAUUCUCAUCUGUUUACGACUCUUUCUUAGACUCAAGGUUGUUGGAUUUUUUUUCAUUUUAUUUAAUUUUUUUUUUUUGCUAGGUGAGACGAGUCCUCUCUUGGGCGCACGCAUGCAGUCGCAGAUUAACGCUGUCUUCCCUUCCUCUUUCUUUAUCUCAGUUUUUUUUAUCACCUUUAAUUGCCUUUGCACAGUCCCGUUGACCUUUUCUGACCUGACCCCUCCCGCAGAUCUCACUGCAGGCUUUGGUGUCACCAACAGCAACAAUUAAUUACCCGCUUCUGGACUAUAUUCCAAUUUGGGUCACGAGGGCGAUGUCAAAGGUUACGAAGUAGGGCUGCACGAUAUUGGAAAAAAAUGGCGUUGCGAUUUUGAUUGAUGUUUUUAAACCUGCGAUACAUUUUGAAAUAUUACAAGGUCAGUGAUGGGAAAAUUCAUUCUCUAUGCAAACCAAUUCUUAGUUCAAUUCGUAGUUCAGGGGUCAAAAUUUUGAGCUAAAUUCACCAGUCCAAAAAUGAACCAUUUCAUAUUUUUUUUUCAGUAUGAUGUGAAUUCAUAUUGGCAUUUCAUUUCUCCAUUAUUGCAACUUGUUUAGUAGCCAGCUGCAGGUUUGACCCAACCAUUUCAAAACCACGAGGAAAAAACUUGCUUAAAUUGUUUUUUUUUUUUUUUUUUACGGCAAAAUCGAAGCAAAAACAGGACUAGUGGCUUGAACGAUGGUGAAAGAACGUUGAUAAUGCCGAGUUUCAUUCAGAAGAGCAAAAUACAAGCGUGUACAUUCUUUUUCUAUGAGCAUAUUCAAACUAGUCCCUCUGCUGGUCACUUUUAACAUUACAGUUGGCUUGUUGUAUAUUACUUUACACCAACAGCGCAGCAAAUCCUGCGAUGUGAGUAUUGCGCGCAUGUACGUCACAAUGACGAUGGUAAAUACUAUAUAUAGAUAUUAUAUUAAUUGAAUUGUGGCUCUUGUCUGUCUCCAAGUGCCCUGUGAUUGGCUGGCAACCAUUUCAGGGUGUACCUCGCUUCCUGCCCGUUGACAGCUGGGAUAGGCUCCAGCACUCCCUGCCACCCUCGUGAAGAUAAGUGGCGAAGCAUAUACACACACACAGUCACUGAUGGUGUAGUGGUACACGUGCCUACCUUUGGUGCGGGGGGCGUGGGGUUGAUUCCCGCUCAGUCACGGUGUCGAUAUCUGCCCUGCGACUAACUGGUGACCAGUUCAGGGUGUGGUCCGCCUUUCGCCCGAAGCUAGCUGGGAUAGGCUCCAGCUCUCCCAUGAUCCUUGUGAGGAUAAGCAGCUUGGAUAAUGGAUAGAUAUAUCGUGCAGCCCUAUUAAAAGUCAUGUACUGGGUUCCAUUUAUCAACAUGAGCAAACCUUCCACGCACGGCUGCCGUAUCUUAUCUUGGGGUGACUGGUUGGAAUUAACUGGAUCGUUUAUAUCAUUUCUAUAUUUUAAAAAAAAUGCAUAUGAAGAACAAAAAAAAACGACAUCUUUACUACAAAGAAAACAAACAAGCAAAAAAAAUCUUUAGUUGUUCAACCAACAAUAGCCACAACUUUGUUCCCCCAAAUUAGCAUUUACUCACUUGAACUUAGUGGGAUGUCAUACAAAAAAAAUGAAACUUGAGAUUUCGUUCAAGACGUGCGCGACCACUAAAACAUAUUUAGGGUUGUUGUAAUUGGAACAAUAGUGGCAAAAGUACUCGAUCUUAAAAGUACAAAUACGGAUUCCUUCUGUACUUAAAAGUGGGAAAAAAAAAAAGGACAGACUGAAAAAAGUAAAUGUGAAAUUUUCCUCUCGAUUAUAUACAGUACCACUUGAUACGAUUGGGGUGCUAGUUUGGCUUUUAUAGACAUAUAUAUUUAAAAAUUAUUGAUCUUAAAUAGGCGGCCCGGUGGCUCAGCUGGAAAGCGUUGACCUCACAGUUCUGAGGUCCCGGGUUCACUCCCAGCCCUCCCCGUGCCUGGGUGGGUUUUCUCCUCCCACAUCCCAAAAAACAUGCAACAUUAAUUGGACACUUUAAAUUGCCCGUAGGUGUGACGGUUGUGUGUCUCAAUGUGCCCUGCGAUUGACUGGCGACCAGUUCAAGGUGUACCCCGCCUCCUGCCCUUUGACACCUGGGAUAGGCUCCGGCACUCCCCUUGUGAGGAUAAGCGGCAAAGAAAAUGGAUGGAUGUAUGAUCCUAAGUAAGGCCAUGAAGUGAAUCCAUUUCACGCACGUUCUUCCACGUCCUUUUCUUUUUUUUUUUUUCCCCCCACCUCUUGCCAAAUGCAUCAUCUCACUGAAUCAAUAUCGGGGUUUACAUUUUUUACCUCAAUUUGCAUCUUUUCAUUCAUCAUUCUUUUUUUUCAUCAUUUGGAAUUGGUGGUUGGAUGGUUGGAAUUUUUUUUGUUUUUUUGUUUGUCAUCAGAAAAAUACUGAAGUGACCUAAGAUGCGCUUAUAAGUACUGAAUUCAUUCCCAGUGACAUCAUCAUCAUUCAGAAGUAAUUUGAUUUGAUGGGAGGGGCAGACGAGAGCGGCCCCCGGUGUGCGUUUGCGGCCGUUUGCGGGCUUUUGGGAACGCUAUUCAUUUCAUUUCCGUUGAGCCGCGCUCACGCUCACCAGUGGACUCCUGAGUGCCGGCUGAUGUUUGAAGCUCCAUUUGCGGUCGAGCGCACUUCAGGUGCUGCUUCGCGGGUUUUCUUUUCUUCAGUCCAGACGGACUUCCCGCGUACAGAACAGAACUUGUUUUUAAGACGGAUACAAAAAUAUCUACUGUAAAUCUGAGCGCCACUUUGUUUUUUGUACAUUGAAUGUUAAAAAUGUUAUCUUAUAUAGAAUGCAUAAUGUCAUAUCAAAGCUAAUUUUUUGAUACAAUCAAUAAAUCUGUUGGUUAAAGAUUGA